AUGCCUCGGUGGCAGAGAGGCGCGUGGUGCAGGAGGAGCGUGGAGGCGACGGUGUGCGGGAGAGCGUGGAGCCGGUGGAGGAGGACUUCAGGGGAUUGGUGGUACCUGCCCACCUUCUUCGACAUCGUUUCCAUCCUCGGGGGCGUCUUCGUCAACAACGCGGUGUGGACGCUACUGGACACGAACCUGAUACUGGCGUGGGAGUACUGCUCGUACGACGGCAGCGUCGGUGAGGACGGGUGGCCGACUUGCGCCGCGCGAAACCGCGCUUUCCUCGUUGUGGGCCUCCUGAUACUGCUCCGGCAGAGGGGCGAGAUGGACGAGGCAAACGUCAAGAGCUCGCCCAUCAUGACCUUGGCGGUGCAGAGCGUUCGCACGGACAGGCGCUUGGAGGAGCAGGAGGGAGUGCUCAGCGCGCACGACCAGUUCCUGUCAGUACGCGGGGGGCUCGAGCUGGACACCGACGCACUCGCGCAGCUAGCCCUCACGUGUGACGCCGAGGCCGCGCUCGCGGAGGCCGUGGCCGACGCGGCUGGCGUCGCGCCGGGCCGCGUCGAGGUCGCCGUGCUCGCCCCCGCGGCGGGCUCGGGCGGCGCCACGGCCCUCGAGGCCCGCUUCCGCGUGGCCCCGCCGCCUGAAGCGCUCGUGCGCGAGCUGCGGCGUCUGGGCAGCGGCGCCCAGCAUGAGCUGGACCAGGAGCGCGGCGCCAUGAAGGCGCAGCAGGAGCGCGUGAAGCAUGCGCUUCGCGAGGCCUUCUCGCGGGGCGGCGCGGCGGAGGACCGGGCCGGCGAGGCCGAGGCCCCGCCCGGGGGCGCCCCACCAUCGGCGGCGAUCCUGGGCAUCGCCCUGGACGAGCUGCCCUGGGCCCACGGGGAGGAGGGCCACCGAAAGGGCAGGGGCAAGGGCUUCGGCGGGGGCGAGCUCGGCGGCGGGGGCCACGGCUGGAGCAAGGGCGGCGGCGGCGGCAGGGGCCGGGGCGGUGCAGGACCCGGCGCGCGCGAGGCGUGGGCGGGGCUGCGGAGACCUCUCCUGCCGUCUUGA